UUUCAUCUUGGUUUUCGGGGACCUUUACGCCGGAAGUAAUAUUAAUAAACACUGCGUUCACUUGGAGGUGAAGCUGUUUCACCCAUUAUAACAAUAACAUGACAAAGAACCAGAGAAUAGCGUUGGUAUUCGGAGGCUUUAUAACGGCGGUCGCCGCGGCGUUUUACCCGAUAUUCUUCUACCCGCUCGCGCACAACAAAGAAUACAGAGAUGUCCAAAAGAUAAACCGGACAGCUGUGAACCAGGCAGAUGUUCAACCCGUAGGUGUGAAGAUCUGGUCGGAUCCCUUCAAGCCUUCAGACAAAUGACAACCAGCGACAGCUGACCGUUCCCUAAUUCCAGAGACCUGAUGCUUCCCGAUGAAGACUUCCAGCAGAGAGCGACUGUGACUGAUGAGUGCUUGGUGUGCGCGUGAGUGAAUGCUUCUCAGGAUGAGCUUUGGCUUGUAUGUGAUUCCCCUAAAUCCUACGAAUAAAGUUCAAAGCUCUUCUAACUAAUGAGCACACUAAUGGUAUUAAUGGGAAUUCUAUUGUGAUGGCUGACGGUUUUACUUUCCACCACAGCUCAUUUCUCUUGGCUGCUGGUUCUCUCUUGUCCACCAGGCGGAGCUCCUUUCCUUUCUGUUACCACAACAGGCACCGAGCCGUGUAGUGUUUUGUUUUUGUGCGUCUUAGAUAUUUUGUCUUUCCAUUUCUAAAAGCUCCUCACUGGUAUGCAGCCUGUGGAAAUUAUAAUUAAAUAAAAUGGUUUGUUUACCAAA